AAUUAAGAAAACGAGCGCGCAAUGCAACUUGCAAGAGCUUAAGACAUUCAGUUAGAAACCGCAGAUUCAAGCUCUGCAACAAACUUCGAUUCUCGAACCAAUUGAAUUCCAAAACUCUCUCUCUCUCUCUCUCUCUCUCUCUGUAUGAGAAAGAUUCAAGAAGGAAAGUCUUGGAGAAGAAAAGAGGAGCUUCUCCAAUGGCGAUAACAGUCCUUGAUGCCUGCAAGAAGAGAAAACGCAAGCCCAAGCUCUAUGGAUUUCACACAUUCGCCGAUCCAGGAUGCCCGAUCAUUCUCACUGGACCGUUCCGAGACAACAUCCGUUCCUUCAUUGAAGAAUGCGGGGAGAUUGAGGAUUACAACGUGGAAGGUAUGCCCACCUGGUCCACGUUGCUCGUAAACGAGAACAAUGGCGUCGUCGUCCCUCUCUACACCAUCGAAGAGAGCGUGAAGCACUCGUUGCACCCUUUCUGUGAUCACUGCAGAUGCGUCGGUUGGAGUCACCAUUUUGUGUCGAAGAGAAGAUACCAUAUGAUAAUCCCUGAGGAUGCCGAGUGGAGCAAGCCUCUUGAAGGAAACGUUUUCGAUCUUCACACCCAUCUCUUGCACGGACUCAUCCACUGUAAUGGCUUUGGGCAUCUUCUCUGCCUCAAUGGAGUCGAAGGUGGAUCGAAAUAUCUCUGUGGAAGAGAGAUCAUGGAUCUUUGGGAUCGAAUCUGCACAACUCUCCGUGCCCGGAAAAUUACAGUAGUGGAUACAUCGAAGAAGAGAUCCAUGGACCUCCGGCUACUCUACGGCGUCGCUUAUGGACACACUUGGUUCGGGAGAUGGGGUUACAGGUUCUGCCGGGGGAGCUUCGGUGUCACAGAAGAACAAUACAACGACGCUCUCGAGAUUCUCAGCUCACUGAAUCUCGAUCAUAUCAUGGACGAGUUCGUCAGCACCAGCUAUCACAAAAACAUCAUGCGAAUCAUUCGCAGCUACAGAGACGUAAGUGAAACCCAGUUGAUUACCCUGCGAGAUCUCUUCCGCUUCAUGCUGGCUCUCAAAUCUCGACCUCCCGUUCAGAGAAAAUCCCUCAUGGCAGCCGCUGCUGUAGGCCCUCCUUCAAAAUCCUCAAUUAGCAUCUACCGGCAACGAAAAUCGCCGUCGAAGGACAAGCCAGUGAAGUACCGAAAAUUCGCUCCUUUUGCUGCAAACAUGGACAGCAGGUGGCCUGCGAAACGAUUACAGUACGCCGCGGAGGUCAUCGUCGAAGCCCUGAAAGAGAAGAAAGCGAGGAGCAUUGGCCAACGUGGGAUGUCUAGACAGGACGUUCGCGAUGCGGCUCGGCUUCACAUCGGCGACACUGGCUUGCUCGACUUCGUUUUGAAGUCCCUCAACAACUUCAUCGUCGGCAAUCACAUCGUCCGUCGUACCGUUAACCCGGCGACGAGAUUGUUGGAGUACACAAUUCACGAAGUCUGCAGCGGUGAGAGCGCUGUCGACGAGUCACCGGAACCCACCGUCGAGGAUCCCCCUCCGGAUCCUGAACCGGGAGCCGACGUUUACGGCGACGUAGUGUUUUUGUACAAGAGAGUUCUGAAAGGAUUCCCGGAAUCGGAAUUGCUAGGGUUGGCGAGUCGGGUGGUGCUGGACGGGAAGCACUUCAUGAAGGAGUGGCCGUUUAAAGAUGAGCAGGACGAGUUGCUGAGAUUCGUGUGCCGUUUCAUGCCGAGUGUGGGCGAGGUUGAGUCCGAAUUGACUCGGCCGCUUCCACCGGGUGAGGUGGUGGUGGUCCCGCCGUAUGCGACGGUUGGGGAGCUGAAAGUGGCAGCGGAGAAAGCACUGAGGGACACUUACGGCAUGCUGGAGUGGUUCGUGGCGAAGGAGGUUGAAGGGGUGGGUGGAAUGGAGGAUGAGGAGGUGCUAUUUGGCGCCUUGGAGUCGGGUGCGCACAUAUGGGUGGAGGGUAGUGGGGUGGACUUACGGACGGAUUUGAGGUACGAGGGUGGGGCCGAUAAUUGGACGGUGGAUUGCAGGUGUGGGGCCAGGGAUGACGAUGGGGAGAGGAUGGUGGCCUGUGAUGUGUGUGAGGUGUGGCAGCACACGCGGUGUGCUGGUAUAGUCGAUGAUGAAGCUGUGCCAGCGCUGUUCGUCUGUGAGAGGUGCCGAGCUGAUAUGAUUCCGCCCAUGUCUGUGAACCUGUAUUUAGAGCCAGAGGCAGAGUAUGAGUAUGCAUGAAAUUUGAAUUGGGGGGCAUAUGGUGCCAGGAUGCGCGGUAGGAUGUUAGGAAUUCUUAUGACUAUAUGUUGGGAACUCGGUGGCAGCUGACAGCUGUGCAGUGCUAUUGGUGUUGGUUGCAUGGGAAGGGCACUUCGUGCACCCAAGGUGCACAUUAGAGAGAAAUCAGGAGUUUCUUUCAUCAUUAAUUCUUUUUUUUUUCACCUGUUUUGAUCCGAACAAAACAAAGAAAACAAGGUCUCCCACUUAAUUUUGUUUUUGUGCUCUCUAAUCUCUUAAGUGAUGCCAUUCAUUUCA